UGUGGAGUCUUAACCACUGGACCUGCAGAGAAAUCCCAGCUUUGAUCUCUUGCUAGCAAAAACAUUAAGCAUCUCUGACACCUACUGUAUGCCCAGUCUGUAUCUUAGGGUGUGGGCUGGAGUAUGGGGGACAGGAAGACCCAACCCGGGCUUGGGGAACCUUCGUGGUCUAGGAGGAGAUACUGAGUAUGAAACAAUUUGUCAAAAAUGAAGAAAAACAUGCCUUUCUGUGAACACGAGCCCGUGUACCCGUGGCCUCCUGCCCGACACAGGUGGGAUUUGAAGGACCUAAUCACAGGAGGCUUCCUUAUGAGAGAGGUGGGCUGGGAGCUGGGGUGCAGAAGCCAGAGGGGACAGGAAAGGUAGCCCCAGUUGGAUGAAUGGCCCUGGGUGAAAGCCCAGGAACAGGCCUCUUCCUGUUGUGUCCUUGGAAGGGGCAGCACGCUCUAGUUUAGGGGAGAGAGGGGGCUUUGGUUAUGAAGCUGCCACUUGCCCUGGGUAGCCUCUUGAUAGGAGGGCGGGACUCGUGUGUCCCAGCCUGGCUCUGGAGAGUCUGAGCAGGUGGGAUUCCAGGCCUGGGCCAGCCCUUGUUCUCAGCCUCUGGCUGUCCCUCCUCAUGCCCCGUGGCCACUUUCCUGGCCCCCUGCUUUUUUUACUGGGGACCAAAAGGGACGCGUCGGCCCCUCUUAGGGCAGGAGGCGUGGGCGUGCGGCGUUUGGGCCCUCCUGUGCUCUUCCUUAGACUUGCACGGGCAUCAGAAUCACACGGGUAGUUGGUUUCAUCCGCAGAUGCUGGGGCCUCACCCCCAGGUUCAGGGUUUGGGUGGGGCCUGACAAUCUGCAUUUUAACAGCACCCUGUCCCCAGGGGAUGCUGGGGGCCCACAGAGCGCUCUGAGGAGUGCUGGGCGGGCCCGCACCUUGGCCUGGCCCCAGGGUUGGGGUCUCUGGGGGCUGCCUCUGGGCUUGUGUCCUGCACACCCUCAAGCUGGGGCCUUGGGACCCUUCCUCAGCAGAUAAACGACAUGGCAGAGUUCCUGGAAUUUCUAACUAUGAGGAUUUUCUCUGGCUGUGGGCCCAGGCCCACCUGCUCCCCAAACAGCAGGCUCCCCGGGAUCAUAGAGGGGCAUUUCCUCUGAUGCCCACUGCUGCCUGGGAACCACCUCCCACCUGAGCCCCUGCGGGGCUUUGCCCUCCUGAGCUGCUUGCGGCGCAUCUGCUCCCAUGCCUCACACUGCAGCCGCUGCCUGUUUCCGGGGCCACCGCGGUUUGGCUGUGUGUUGUGUGUGCUGUGGGGCGUCGGGCAGCAGGGAUCUGGGGCAGAGUCGGGUCCUGUCCUUAGAGGCUCACGGGGGCCUGGCACCCUGUGCAGCUGCAAAAGAACUAGUGCAGCCCUUCUUGCAGGUGUCUGGCCAGGCCAGCCCUCAGUGGGUGGUUUUUUGCCGAAGAAAAUGACUGAGGGCCCGCAGAGCAGGAAGCACUUGACCCAGAUGUAAGCGGGAGCCUGAUCCUGACGAAACGGGGGCCUGCUGGUCGCCACCCGUGGGCAGUGGGAGGGUUUUUUUUUUUUCCAGCUGUGAAAUGGGCUGCAUCGAAUGUUUCCGUUUUCUGAUUGUGAUCUCUUCGUAAUUAAGGUGACCUUGAGCUGGCUGGCCUGGGGCCCAGGCAGCAAUGCCAGCUCUGACCUCAGCUGGUUGACUCUGAUCUGGCUAAUUCUGCAGUUGACCUUGAACGAGGAUCGUCCUAGUUCUUCUGACCCCGAGAGAGGCGGAGGCCCAGGGCCUUUUAUGAUUUAUCGUGUCAAUCUUAUUUACAGAUGAAGCAGGGCUCCAGUUUGUUUGGGAGCCUGCGAAACACCCAGAAGGAUCCCUGUCCUGCUACUUCUUUGUAUAACAAUAGUGAAUAUUUGCCCAGUGUGGUACAGCUGACGGAGCAGUUUCAUUUAUUGUUCCUGAUACCCUAGAGUGGCCCUGGCGGAUCUCAGGGAAGAAACCGAGGCUCAGUUCGAUGACCCAGCUCAUGAAGGCCGCCAAGAGCGGGACCAAGGACGGGCUGGAGAAGACGAGGAUUGCCGUCAUGCGCAAGGUGUCCUUUCUGCACAGGAAGGACGUCCUCGGUGACUCGGAGGAGGAGGACAUGGGGCUGCUAGAGGUCAGCGUCACGGACAUCAAGCCCCCGGCCCCGGAGCUGGGCCCCAUGCCAGACGGCCUGAGCCCGCAGCAGGUGGUCCGGAGGCACAUCCUGGGCUCCAUUGUGCAGAGUGAAGGCAGCUACGUGGAGUCUCUGAAACGGGUACUCCAGGAUUACCGCAACCCGCUGAUGGAGAUGGAGCCCAAGGCGCUGAGCGUGCGCAAGUGCCAGAUGGUGUUCUUCCGCGUGAAGGAGAUCCUGCACUGCCACUCCAUGUUCCAGAUCGCCCUGUCCUCCCGCGUGGCCGAGUGGGACUCCACUGAGAAGAUCGGGGACCUCUUCGUGGCUUCGUUCUCCAAGUCCAUGGUGCUAGACGUGUACAGCGACUAUGUGAACAACUUCACCAACGCCAUGUCCAUCAUCAAGAAGGCCUGUCUCACCAAACCCGCCUUCCUCGAGUUCCUCAAGCGGCGGCAGGUGUGUAGCCCCGACCGCGUCACGCUCUACGGGCUGAUGGUGAAGCCCAUCCAGAGGUUCCCGCAGUUCAUCCUCCUGCUUCAGGACAUGCUGAAGAACACCCCCAGGGGCCACCCGGACAGGCUCUCGCUGCAGCUGGCGCUCACGGAGCUGGAGACACUGGCCGAGAAGCUCAACGAGCAGAAGCGGCUGGCUGACCAGGUGGCCGAGAUCCAGCAGCUGACCAAGAGCGUCAGCGACCGCAGUAGCCUGAACAAGCUUCUGACCUCAGGCCAGCGACAGCUGCUCCUGUGUGAGACGCUGACGGAGACCGUGUACGGUGAUCGUGGGCAGCUGAUCAAGUCCAAGGAGCGCAGGGUCUUCCUGCUCAACGACAUGCUGGUCUGCGCCAACAUCAACUUCAAGGGCCAGCUGGAGAUCAGCAGCCUGGUGCCCCUGGGGCCCAAGUACGUGGUGAAGUGGAACACGGCGCUGCCCCAGGUGCAGGUGGUGGAGGUGGGCCAGCAGGGCAGCUCCUACGACAAGGACAACGUGCUCAUCCAGCACGCCGGUGCCAAGAAGGCCUCGGCCGUGGGCCAGGCCCAGAAUAAGGUGUACCUCGGGCCCCCGCGCCUCUUCCAGGAGUUGCAGGACCUGCAGAAGGACCUGGCCGUGGUGGAGCAGAUCACCCUCCUCGUCAGCACACUGCACGGCACCUACCAGAACCUGAACAUGACUGUGGCUCAGGACUGGUGCCUGGCCUUGCAGAGGCUCCUGCGGGUGAAGGAGGAGGAGAUCCACUCCGCCAACAAGUGUCGCCUCCGGCUCCUGCUGCCUGGGAAGCCCGACAAGUCCGGCCGCCCCAUCAGCUUCAUGGUGGUUUUCAUCACCCCCAACCCCCUGAGCAAGAUCUCCUGGGUCAACAGGUUGCACUUGGCCAAGAUCGGACUCCGGGAGGAGAACCAGCCGGGCUGGCUGUGUCCGGACGAGGACAAGAAGAGCAAAGCCCCAUUCUGGUGUCCAAUUCUGGCCUGCUGCAUCCCCGCCUUCUCCUCCCGGGGCCUCAGCCUGCAGCUUGGGGCCCUGGUCCACAGUCCUGUCAGCUGUCCCCUGCUGGGCUUCUCAGCUGUCAGCACGUCCCUUCCUCAGGGCUACCUCUGGGUCGGGGGCGGGCAGGAGGGCGCAGGGGGCCAGGUCGAGAUCUUCUCCCUGAAUCGGCCCUCGCCCCGCACGGUCAAGUCCUUCCCGCUGGCAGCCCCUGUGCUCUGCAUGGAGUACAUUCCAGAGCCGGAGGAGGGGGAGAGUGGAGAUAGAGACAAGAGCUGCACGGCUGCUGAUGCCUCGGCUGGAGUGCAUCCCACCAUCUGCCUCGGGCUCCAGGAUGGCAGCAUCCUGGUUUACAGCAGCGUGGACACGGGCACCCAGUGUCUGGCCACCUGCAGGAGCCCAGGUCUGCAGCCCGUGCUCUGCCUGCGACACAGCCCCUUCCACCUGUUUGCCGGCCUGCAGGAUGGGACCCUCACAGCCUACCCUCGGACCAGCGGAGGCUUCCCCUGGGACCUGGAGAGCCCGCCUGUGUGCCUGACUGUGGGGCCCGGGCCUGUCCGCACCCUGCUGAGCCUGGAGGAUGCCGUGUGGGCCAGCUGCGGGCCCUGGGUCACCGUCCUGGAUGCCACCAGCUUGCAGACGCAGCAAAGCUUCGAGGCACACCAGGACGAGGCCGUGAGCGUGACGCACAUGGUGAAGGCGGGCAGUGGCGUCUGGAUGGCCUUCUCCUCCGGCUCCUCCAUCCGCCUGUUCCACACCGAAACACUGGAGCAUCUGCAGGAGAUUAACAUCGCCACCAGGACCACCUUCCUGCUGCCAGGCCAGAAGCACCUGUGUGUCACCAGCCUCCUGAUCUGCCAGGGUCUGCUCUGGGUGGGCACCGACCAGGGUGUCAUCGUCCUGCUGCCUGUGCCUCGGCUGGAAGGCAUCCCUAAGAUCACAGGGAAAGGCAUGGUCUCACUCAAUGGUCACUGUGGGCCUGUGGCCUUCUUGGCCGUGGCCACCAGCAUCUUGGCCCCUGAUAUCCUGCGGAGCGACCAGGAGGAGGCCGAGGGGCCGCAGGCCGAGGAGGACAAGCCAGACGGGCAGGCUCACGAGCCGGCACCCGUGCCCGCAAGCCACGUGGGCCGAGAGCUGACCCGCAAGAAGGGCAUCCUUCUGCAGUACCGCCUGCGCUCCACCGCCCACCUCCCGGGCCCGCUGCUGUCUGUGCGGGAGCCGGAGCCCACGGACGGCUCCGCCCUGGAGCACAGCGAGGAGGACGGCUCCAUCUAUGAGAUGGCUGAUGACCCUGAUGUCUGGGUGCGCAGCCGGCCCUGUGCCCGCGACGCCCACCGCAAGGAGAUCUGCUCGGUGGCCAUCAUCUCCGGCGGGCAGGGCUACCGCAACUUCGGCAGCGCCCCGGGCGGCGGUGGAAAGCCAGCCCCGUGUGGGGAGACGGACAGCGCCCUCCUCAUCUGGCAGGUGCCCUUGACUCUAUAGCGCCCCCCAGGCUGCGCAGCUGCAGGCCUGGCCACAGCCAUGCCCGGCUCCUGGCCUGUUGUGGACCCUCCUGGCACUCCAGGGUCCCCAGGGAGUACUGGGUGGCAUCACCUUCCAGGGACCUGCAUGGGGCCGUGCAGAUCGGCCUGGAACUCCGGUAACUACCUGAGCAGAGCAGAGGACAACCUCUUCCUUUUUAAGAAAAAAAUUUUUUUUUCAGAGUGUUUAGGGGAGUGGUUUGGGUUUGGGGAGAGGAAGGACACCUCUGGAGGAGAUGGCCUUCUUUUUAAAAGCAAAAAAACAUGAAACCUCACAAUUGCCUGGCGAGCCCAGUGCCUCUUGUCCAGGCCCGAGCGGGGCUCAGGGGCGGCCAUGCGCCCCUCCUGGAAGGGCGUGUGCGUGUGAGUGUAUGAGAGCGUGUGGGCUGGUGUGUGAAUAUAUAUAAAUACGUAUAUAUGGUGUAUUAUAUGUGUAUAAAUAAAAUCUGUACAUAUUGGAGCUCUGGGAGAUGCUGGAAUAAAAGGCAAGAAUAACAUCA